UGCGAGUUGGUACACACACGAUAGAGAAGUAGACGAGAUGUAUAGUUGUUAUAAGUAAGUUAUGCUACAGUUACAAAAAAAAUCAGCGUAUAAAUAAAUAAAUAGAUGAAUAAAUAAAUAAAUACCCUACCGACCCAUGACCUAACCUGACAACCAACCGGAACCAAACUUCUUUUUUUUCUUAGGCCCAAUGAGAUGUGCUCAAAGCAUUCACCUAGAAAUGUUUAUGCCUUGACAUAAUAGUCUAAAUAUGUUACUGGGGUAGGUCAUGUGAGAAGGGCAGGUGAGUCUUGAUGGCAUUGUGUCAAUUAUGAUAGGGCAUACUGUAAUGGCCAAUUAUGUGGACUGCGUAACCCAUUCUUAGGUCCUAGAACAUUUUUGGGAACCACUUGCAUAACCCAUACACCGAUGUAAACUUAGUUGUGAAUUUGAGCAAACCCAGAAUGCAUCAUUGUCUGUAAUGCAAGUGGCACUGGCAAAAACAACUUUGACAACAGUCAUUUAACAAGCUGAUUCUGCUACUUUAACAGGAAUUGUCCAGACAUGCAGCCGCCUUUACCGUGGAUGUUCGUGAAACAUGCUGUCUUUCUCGGGGUAAUACCAACAGGAUUAUAGGGAAAACCCAGCAGUUACAAAUGGCUGUUGUAGGAACCUUGCAGGACAGAGUGAUGGAUGUCUUUGAUAGACAUGACCCUUCAGUCAGCAUUGACCAGCUCCGAAAUGAGAUUUUGGCAACGUUUGAGGGUUUUCCAGAUCCAUUUUCCAACUUGACUACAACUUACAUGCAGGACCAAACCAUUGAGGAACUAUUUAAACCAGUGGAACCAGAGGAGGUUAUAAUUUCACAAACACUGUGUAGAGUUAAGCGAGGCUCUUCAAGGGUUCUUACCAUUAGAAACAAAGUUUUUUUCUAUGUUCCUCUCAUCAAGAGUCUACAGCAACUGCUAUCCAACCCUAGAAUUUUUAGCAUGGUCAGUAAUCCACCAGAAAAUUGUAACAAAAAUGGAUAUCUCCGUGACAUUGUGAAUGGCAGCCUUUUCAGAACUCAUCCAUUGUUUUCUGUUAAGCCAACUGCUUUGCAAUUAAUUUUGUAUUCCGAUGAAAUAGAGAUUUGCAACCCUCUUGGACCCCAUGCCUCAAAGAACAAGUUACUCAUGUUUUAUUAUACUGUAGGAAACAUAAACCCCAAGUUUAGGUCUAAGCUUGCUGCCAUAAGACUUCUUGCCAUUGCAAAAGCUAAGGAUAUCUCAGAGGCUGGUGCUGAUGUUAUAUUAACAAGAAUUGAACAGGAUUUGAAGGAACUGUACAAUGGUGUCAACAUUCAAGUUGGAAAUAGUGAGACUAUAUUAUAUGGUGCAGUAAUAUCAAUAUGUGGUGAUACCCCUGCUCAGCAUGACCUGGCCGGGUUUAAAUCUGGAGUUGGGUUUGCUUUCAGUAAGUGUAGGCAUUGUGAGUGUGACUUUGAGACAAUGCAAAACCAAUUUGAUGAAAAUAGUUUUACCCCAAGAACAUUACAAAGUCACAUCAGGCAGUGCAGAGAAAUAGAGAGGGCCAGUACAGACUCUCUUAAAAAUGCCCUCAUGACUACCUAUGGUAUAAAAAGAAGGAGUAAACUUUUAGAUUUUCCAGGCUAUGAUCUCAUUCAACAAACCCCUCAAGAUAUAAUGCACAUCAUGCUUGAGGGUGUUGUGCAACAGGAAAUAAAAUGUGCAUUAAAGCACAUUAUUUUGUCAGGGCAUAUUGAUCUAGACUCUAUAAAUUCAGUUAUACAAGGUUUUCCAUAUUCAAACAGGGAUAUAAAAGACCAGCCAUGUCCAAUCAGUGUGAGUACAAUGGCUUCUGAUGAUAACAAACUAAAACAGUCUUCUGGACAGAUGCUGAUAUUUCUGAAGAUAUUCCCUUUUAUUAUGAAUAGCAUCAAGGACAAUGUCUAUGUACAGUUUAUCAUCGAAUUAAUUCAAAUAACUCACAUUCUUUUUGCUCCUAUUGUGAUGACGGAAACCUUACAAAAACUGAGAGUAUUGAUAGAGCAGCAUCUGAAACAAUUUAGGCAACUUUUCCCAGACAACAACAUAACCCCUAAGCAACAUUAUAUGCUACAUUUACCCUCACAAAUUGAAGCACUGGGUCCUUUGACGAGACACAUGUGCAUGAGGUUUGAGUCUAAGCAUUGUUUUUUUAAACAGUGGUCCUCUAAAUUAAAUUAUAAAAAUGUCUGCAAAUCUCUUGUAAAUCAUAGCAAAAUUGUCGAAAGUACCUAUCAAACAAACAAUAUAUUUGCUCAUGAAAAGAAUUAG